AUGGAGGAGAAUCAUGGGAUCGUGGCCUCUCUUGGUAAGGCUCCCUGUGGGAUCAUCCUAUCUGCCUGGAAAUUCAAAAAAUACCUCUAUGUGACAAACCUCAUAUAUUUUCACAGAGCUCAGCAGCGCCCCCUCCAACACCUAGGAACCUAACACCCCCAAAAUAAACCUUGAGCAGCAAAUUACACUUUUUUCUUAUAUAUAUAAUUUUUAAAAUUGUUCUCCAUUUAAUAUUGUACAUUCACAUCAUCAUUAUCCGCUAUACCACCCUGGCUCUUUAGAGCCUCAACUUGCUUCCCUCCGGCCUCAGAUUUCGAAAUUAACAUUUAUAUCAUUGCAAUUUGUACAUUUUCCAAUUUCUAUUACACUUAUUACAGAAUGUCUCAAGAUUUAAAUAUAGAAAGGUAGAAAAUUUCUCAUUACAAGUCUUCAGACAACCCUGCUAGUGAUGUUAAUUGCUUACAAUAAUCUUUCAGAUAUCGUAUAAAUUUACUCCAACCCUUUUGGAAUCCUUAAUCGUGCUGGUUUUCCUGUCAGUGUCACCAGAUAUGCAAAGUCCAUCAUUUUCAUCUGCCAAUCUUCUAACAGAAAUUCUCACCAUGUCAAUUAAUACUUAGUUUGGGAACCUUUAGCUUUAAUUCUGGCCUUACAACGCCUUCCCAUGGAGUGAAGCAAGUUUUUUAGUUCUGCAGCUGUAAUAAUGUGAAACAAAGAUGGAAUUAUUGCCUCUAUUAAUUGGGCUUUAUUGCUGGGUUGCUUCUGACUAACAAGUUUCUUUAGUUGGCUCCAUAGAUUUUCAAUUUGGUUAAGGUCUGGGCUAUUCCCAGUCCAUUCCAGCAGUGGAAUUGAUUAUCUUGAAACCACCUUUUGCACACAGCAGCAACAUGACAUGGAGGUGAAUCCUGCUGAAAUAGAAAACAAACAAACAGAUAGAAAGGUUCAGUAUCUGGGAAAAGAUCACAUGCAGAACGCUUCAGUUUGGGCUCAAGUAUUUCAUUUAUGUAUUUUAGAGCAUUUACAUUCCCUUUGAUGACACAAAUUCGUCCCACAUCUUUUGCUCACAUAUUUCAUGCCAUCACUGCCAAGCAAGGAGAUUUUGGUCUCAUCACUCCAAAGAACACUUUCCCAUUGUUCCGCUGUCCAGUUACCAUGGGUUUUAACCCAGUUUAAUCUUUUCCAUCUUUGCUUGAGAGAUAAUGGCUUUUCCCUUGGAAUUCUAGCAUUUAGACCAGUCCUUGCACUCAACUUCACAUUACAUUGCGCCAUGUCAUCUUGUAGACACCCAGAUGAUUUUCUUCUGUCACGUAGGCACAGUCUCUCCAUUCUUUGAUCAUCACUUGCUGUUGUGCACCUUUUCCUGACUUUACCAGUCUGAUUUUGUAGUGACUGAGUCUCCUUAAAGCUCUUCAAAAAUAUAGAAAGGCCAGCUUUUGUUACGUUUCCCCCAAUCUUGCUUCUAAUUUCUCCAUAACUAUAGCCUUGUUCACUUAAUAGUACUAUUUUACAUUUCUUUCUUGGUGACCAGUCAACUCUUUGUGCCAUUUUAAAUUUUUUAUCAUGUUCUGCAAACUCGCUAAAUGAAAAAACACAAAAGAACCAACAACAACUUGAUAGCAAUCACAUAACACACUGACAAAACAAAAUAAAAGGCUGAGAUGACCGGCAGAAUUCGAGAUCAGGAAGAAGGGUUGAUGGAAGAAGACUGGAGAAAAUUUAAAAUAUAUCUUCAGAAACACUGCAAUAUAAAAGAAUGUUAGAAAAAGGUUGGAAAAGAAUAUUAGACCGUAUUGGCAGACAGGGUAUAAUGGAAUAAGUAAAUAUGAAGUGUAAAAUGAGGAUAGAGGAGAAUUAAAUACUUUCGAAUGUUAAAAUAAGUAAAAGAAAAGAAGGUUAGAAGGAUUUGCUGGAGAUACGAUUUAAACUAGAAUACAAAGCAGGGAGGUGAGAGGAAGUCAUGGAAAUAAGUAAAUGGGAAAAUGGUUUGUAAUGGUCAAAUAUGUUUUUUGUUAUUUCUUUUUUUUUUACGGUGAUUUUCUGCUUUUCUUAUUCCUUUUUUAUUGUCUGUUUUUUAUAAGAUGUAUGUGGUUUGUGUUUCUCUUUUUUAUAUUUUUUCUUUUUUUGUAAUUGUAAAAUUGGAAUAAAUAUUCUUUUAAAAAAAAAAAAAGACAAAACAAAAUUAAAAAAUUCCUUCCAGUAGCACCUUAGAGACCAACAAAGUUUGUUCUUGGUAUGAGCUUUCGUGUGCAUGCACACUUCUUCAGAUACCAGCUCAUAUCAAUAACAAACGUAGUUGCUCUCUAAGGUGCUACUGGAAGGAUUUUUUUUAUUUUGUUUCGACUAAAGCAGAUCAACAUGGCUACCUACCUGUAACACUGACAAAAGUCAUCCUAAGCAAGUUGUGCUUCCUUUUUUGGUUAUUUUGCUAUAACUUUUGAUUGAAUUCACAUAAUUGAACAAACUUUGUUGCAUUACAUUCUUGAUUAAAUUAUCUUUCCAUUGAUAAAUAAUUUCAAGAUAGUACUCCAAAAGAAGUGCUGUUAUGAGCCAGUGUUAUGAGCCAUCAAACCUCUGAAAUACACCUUCCCCCAAAAGGCUUCCACAAUUUUACCACUGUUGUUGUUUAGUCGUUUAGUCGUGUCCGACUCUUCGUGACCCCAUGGACCAGAGCACGCCAGGCACUCCUGUCUUCCACUUCCUCCGCAGUUUGGUCAGACUCAUGUUUGUGGCUUCGAGAAUUUUACCACUACUGUAUAUCAAACAAAGCAGCAUUCAACAACCCAUCAGAAUCUAAUAAUAAAUAUGUUGGUUAAUGACAAACAACAAAGGUAAUGAACACUCACCCAACUCCCUUCAGUUCUUCAUUUGUUCCUGAGGCUCUAAUCCCUUUUUGUUUCCAUUGCAGAUUGUGAUGAAUUGGAAAUCGAGAACAAAGGUGACCACAACAACAUCCCCAGAGAGGAGAAGCCACGGAAAAAUUUGGAGUGUGGAGAGAGAUGCAGUCACAGCUCCCAUUCUACAUCCCAUCAAAGAAAUCUCAUUGGAAAGAAACCCUAUCAGUGCAUGGAAUGUGGAAAGAGCUUCAGUAGGAGUUCCUCUCUCAAUUCCCAUCAAAGAAUUCAUACAGGGGAGAAACCCUAUCAGUGUGUGGAAUGCGGAAAGAGCUUCAGUCAGAGCUCCCAUCUCAUUGCCCAUCAAAGAAUUCAUACAGGGGAGAAACCCUAUCAGUGUGUGGAAUGUGGAAAGAGCUUCAGUAACAGCUCCUCUCUCACUUCCCAUGAAAGAAUUCAUACAGGGGAUAAACCCUAUCAGUGUGUGGAAUGUGGAAAGAGCUUCAGUCAGAUCUCCUCUCUCACUUCCCAUCACAGAAUUCAUACAGGGGAGAAACCCUAUCAGUGUGUGGAAUGUGGAAAGAGCUUCAGUAAAAGCUCCUCUCUCACUUCCCAUGAAAGAAUUCAUACAGGGGAGAAACCCUAUCAGUGUGUGGAAUGUGGAAAGAGCUUUAGUCGGAGCUACUCUCUCACUUCCCAUGAAAGAAUUCAUACAGGGGAGAAACCGUAUCAGUGUGUGGAAUGCGGAAAGAGCUUCACUGAUAACUCCUAUCUUACUUCCCAUCAGAGAAUUCAUACAGGGGAUAAACCCUAUCAGUGUGUGGAAUGUGGAAAGAGCUUCCGUCAAAGCUCCUCUCUUACUUCCCACCAAAGAAUUCAUAGAGGGGAGAAACCCUAUCAGUGUGUGGAAUGUGGAAAGAGCUUCCGUCAAAGCUCCUCUCUUACUUUCCAUCAAAGAAUUCAUAGAGGGGAGAAACCCUAUCAGUGUGUGGAAUGUGGAAAGAGCUUCUGUCAGAGCUCCAAUCUCACUUCCCAUCAAAAAAAUCAUACAGGGGAGAAACCCUAUCAGUGUAUGGAAUGUGGAAAGAGCUUCAGGAAGAGCUCAUAUCUCACUUCCCAUCACAGAAUUCAUACAGGGGAGAAACCCUAUCAGUGUGUGGAAUGUGGAAAGAGCUUUAGUCGGAGCUACUCUCUCACUUCCCAUCGAAGAUUUCAUACAAAGUUUGGAAAAACCAUUAUACAGCUUUAG